AUGAAGUUAAGCAUUGUAAUAGCGUUGGCCGUGGCCACGGUCGGUGCAGUUCCUCGGGAAGGCUUUGGUCCAGGCAUGCAGGAUUGGGGCUUCGCAGAGGUUCGCCCGGGUGCGCACAUGUUCUGGUGGCUGUAUUACACGACGGCGGAUGUACCUAACCACGCUGAUCGUCCGCUCGUAAUCUGGCUGCAGGGUGGUCCCGGUGCGUCGUCCAUGUACGGCAACUUCGAGGAGUUAGGCCCACUGACACUUGAACUCGAGGAACGCAACCACACGUGGGUGCGCGACUACAACGUCCUGUUCAUCGAUAACCCCGUCGGGACGGGUUUCAGCUACGUGGAGGACUUCUCGCUUCUCACCAAGACAAACGGUGAGAUCGCCGACGAUCUGGUAGAGCUGAUGAAGCAGUUCUACACCCUACAACCCGAAUUCCGUAACGCACCGCUGCACAUCUACGCCGAGAGCUACGGAGGAAAGAUGGCGCCCGAGUUUGCGUACGUGCUGAACAAGGCGAUCGGGAAUGGAGAGAUCGAGUGCAAUCUGCAGUCGGUGGGCAUCGUUGCACCGUGGGUUUCACCCAUCGAUUCGGUGAUGUCAUGGGCCGAAUUUCUACUCAACAUGGGCUUCGUGGAUACGAAGGGCUACAAUGCGAUUCAGGCGGCCGCCAUCGACACCGAGCAUGUGCUCAAUCAGGGCCAAUGGGAACAAGCGACCAACUUGUGGGGAUACACGGAAAAUGUGAUUCUACGCGAGACACACGGCAUUGAUUUCUACAACGUGCUGUUCAAGCAGGACUUUGCUGGUACCCGAUCUCAGCUGGAGCAGUUUUCGCGGGACAUGCGAAGUGCCAUUGCAUCCCGUGCAACCCGGCUCGCCACGGAGGACCGCGAUCAGAUGCUAGAGGACCUGAUGCGAUUCGAGGUGGCACCAGCACUCAGCCUUCCCGAGCAGUCCGUGUAUGGUGCGCAGAGUGGUCGCGUAUUCAACACGCUUGCCGGUGACUUCAUGAAGCCUGCCAUCGACGUGAUGGAGCUGCUGCUCAACAACACCAGCCUGGAUGUGGUGAUCAUCACCGGUCAGCUCGAUCUCAUCGUCGCCACCCCAGGCAACGUCAAGUGGAUCGAGAAGAUUCAGUGGAACGGCCGUAACAGCUACCUGCAAGCACCUCGUAACGCCGUCGGUCAGCACGGUGUGUUGGAGGGUUACGAAAAGAGCUUCGGCAAGCUAGCCGUGUACUGGGCGCUUCGAGCUGGCCACAUGGUACCCGCCGAUAACCCCAUACUGAUGGACUACAUCCUCCAGAAACACGCACCGGUGUAAAGAAGGCGGUCGAAGUGAAAGAAACGACACUG